AUGGCUUUUCAAGCCAGGGGGAGUAUCAGAAGAAAAGGAUCACACCUGGUGGUCACACUUGUCUAUGUGGAUGAUCUCCUAAUAACAGGAACCAACUUGAAGUUGAUUGAGCAAGUAAGGAAGGACUUACAAGUCAGAUUCAAAAUGAAAGAUCUUGGGGAACUAAAAUACUUCUUGGGCAUUGAAUUUUCUAGAUCAAAAAAAGGAAUUCAAAUGUGCCAAAGAAAUUAUGCACUUGAACUAGUUUCUGAACUAGGUUUGUUGGGUGGAAAGCCAGUAACUACUCCACUAGAAUUCAAUCACAAGCUAACCUCUAUGGAAUUUAAUAAGGUUGUCACCAAGAAUGGUAGUGACAAUGACAAUGAACUUGAAGACAAAGGGAAAUAUCAGAGAAUAGUAGGCAUACUAUUGUACUUAACCAUGACUAGGACUGACAUAGCCUUUGUGGUUCAAGUACUUAGUCAGUUCAUGCAUGCUCCUAAACAGUCUCACAUGACUGCUGCCAAGAGGGUCAUCAGGUAUAUAAAAGGAACUCCAGGUCUAGGUCUAUUCAUGCCAGCAGAAGGAAAUAUGAAGUUAACUGCCUGCUGUGAUUCAGACUGGGGUGUUUGUGUAGAAACAAGAAGAUCAGUAACUGGUUAUGUAAUCAAGUUUGGAGAAGCCUUGAUAUCCCAGAAAUCAAAGAAGCAAGGAACAGUUUCAAGAAGCUCAGUUGAAGCGGAAUUCAGAAGCAUGGCCACAACAGUAGCAGAAGUUACAUGGCUAACAGGACUAUUCAGAGAGCUUAACAUUGAAGUUGAAGUUCCAAUACACCUUUUCUGUGAUAGCAAAGCUGCUAUUCAAAUUGCAGUUCAUCCAAUCUUUCAUGAAAGGACAAAGCAUAUUGACAUAGACUGUCACUUUGUGAGGGAAAAAAUCUAG